AGAAGUUCACAAUUUAGAGACAUCUCAGAAAAUAACCUAAACAAAGAGCUGGUUAUUAUGAAAGAUGGAAAAGCCAUCAGUUCCCACUUCCCAUGCUGCUUAAUUAAGAACAAUGAACGACUGACUGUUAAGUAUGUUAAAGCUGUUAAAGCUAAAGCUGUUAAAAAUGCCAAGCAACCGGUUAAUGACUCUGUUCAACGCAAAAGAAAGCGGCGGUCUAGCGAGCAUGUGAUGUUUCAUUUACAGACUAAGGGAGGUAAAGAUGUGGUUAAUAUCAUGAGAAACAGCACACUGACAAAAAUUCCGGAAAUUACUGUUUAUGGGUACAAAGAUGAAAAGGUGAAGCAAGCUCUGAGAAGAGAUGGUCGUUUACUGGAUAUUGUGUUCACAAAGAACUGUGUGCUCUCUCACACAAGCAAUGAAGUAAUCACUGAAAUGUCCAGCCUGGUGGACGAUCUUGAUGGUAAAAGUUUUAAGAUCAUACUCCUCAAUAGGAAGAAUCCACCAGAAAGUCUGCCUGAGAGUCUUGAACUUGAUGACUUGCAAAAUGAACCUCGGAUCAUUGUUCCCAGUGGAGACCAAGCUCCUCCAAAGCAGUCUACCACAAAUGACUCCCUGAAUGAAAACACACCAAACCAGAAACCAACGCUAAAUGGUAACAUGGCACCAGGAAGCAUGUUACGUGAGAUACCUAAUUCAAAGGAGAUGAAGGGUCGCCUACUUGCAGAGUUCCAACAAGCGGUUAAAGUUAAGAAAACUCAGAAGCAAACUCAGAAGCAAACUCCGCUUUCUCGGAUCCAGAGACUCUUCCGUGUAGAUUAUGGAAAAAAUGUGCAGACAUGCAACGAAGUGAAAACAAUGAAAAAACUAAUGGAUCUGAGUAAUUCGGUUUGCCAUGUGAGAAUAAAUGGUAGAUCAGGGGGAAGUGGCUUCCUCCUGUUUGGCAAGUUUGUCCUCACAAAUGGCCAUGUAAUUAAGAGCAUUUAUAAUGAGAGUGAAAGGCAGCUGACUGAGAAAGUCACUGUCCACUUCUCUUUUGAAAGUCUUGAUCAAGUGGAUCCAGGAGCAGCAGUGGAGGAGGAGGUUGUUGGCUAUGAGUUCGGUUGUGAUGUUUCAGGGCAUAUGUAUGACUGGGCUUUGUUGAGGCUCUGUGCUGACCAGGAGUUGCCUGAUGUUCUGUUAAAACAUGUCAGUUUCCUUCCCCAAAGGGGUGGAAUCUGCAUCAUCGGGCAUCCAGAAACAGUGAAAAAGAUAGAUCCAUGCUUGAUUGUUCCAAGAGAAGGCCUAAAUCAGGUUGUGGAGAGGCAUCAACAACUAAAUCCAGAGGAUGGUUUUACAAACAGUGAAGGGCAACUUCAGUUGUUUACUAACCAGUUCUUUGAUGGUGUGAAAGAAUCUAUCAGACAACAGCAAAACACUCUACUAUACGAGUCCUGUUUUUAUUUUGGCUCAUCUGGCUCUCCUGUCUUUGACGAACACUGCAAUGUUGUUGCAAUGCAUUCAGGCGGGUUUGUCUAUGCAGAAAAGGAAAUCCAGAGUGUCAUAGAGUAUGGCUAUCCUUUGUCCGAUAUUACGGAACACAUUGUUAUCCAAAUGGUGCAAAGAGACAGGUUCGAUGUUUUGAAGGAAUACCUGGAUUGUGAUCAUGCUCAUCAGCAAAGGGUGAUGAGCAAUUUGAAGAAACUGGUUGAGGGCAGAAAUAUCAUCGCAUUUAAAAACAGAGUCAACGACCCACAGAUCUGUAAUGACGAGGGUUUGAAGAAGUUCUUUGAGUUCUUCUCUCAGAUGGAUGAACCUGUCCCAAUGGACAUUUGAAAUUGAUUGAGCGACACCGACAGUAACCCAGCUGACCAAUGAUUCAGUGCAAACGGUUCAAGUUGUGUGCAAAAAAAACUAUCUGUUUUCAUUUUUUAAGGAGACUUAUCGUUGUCUGUCACAAAGGGGUGCAGAGAUUGGGAUAAAGAUCUCAAACAACUUCAUUUUAACAAUAAAGGUAAAUAUGGUUUCUCCAAUUUUACCACAUGUUGUCGCCGCUUGUUUUUGAGGAUAUUUAAUUUUUACUAUAUAUUUUGUACCGAGUGCGAUUCUUAAAGCAGUCUGUUAAUAGUAUGUGUAUUGAGUUGAGAUGAUCUGUUUUAAAUACUCUUUGGGGGCAGAAGGUUGCCGGGUUGUUCAGUUCGGUAAACUAGGCCAUUUUGAAUGUUCAUACAGGGAUUGAUCUUAAUUAUGAGCUGCAUUGGAUGUUGACAUAUAUGAAUUAGAAAAGUGUCUGAAUUUAAGUUUGUUUUAUUUUAUGGUUUGAGUUAGGACCUCACUCUUUGACAUGAAGAACCAUUUCCUGUUUUGAGGAAUGGAUCAUUAGGAGUGUUGGACACCUGGGCUGGUGUGACUGCUCAGCCAUAUCAUUAUGAAUGCAUCCACACUGCACACUUAAGUUAGUUUAAUAAUUAAUAAGAAAAAAUGCCAAAGAUGAAGUAUGUCUGGGAAAAAACAGUGUUUAAAAACAUUGCUUGGUUUGUCCACCAGAGAGCACUGAUUUAAACGUUCAGUUGGUCACCACCAUUCAGUAAUGUAUAAAAUAAAUGAUCAGAUUGUUUAAAAAAUCAAAUGUUGUUUUCAGCCUCAAAGAUCUACUUUUUACCUUUUUAUGUCUUUAGGUUUUUUUAAAGAAAAUAUUACAUUUUAAAUGUUCAUUAAAUCUCUCGUUUAUUGGUAAUGUAUGACGUUUUAAAACAAAUUUUACUACAAAUCUGUGUUGUUUUUUGUGUGAAUGAUUGUCCUAAAUUAAAGGAUCUAUUUUUUGCUUCGUGCAUCAAAGAUUUAUUAUUCAACCCUUUUUUGCAUUUGAUGGACAAGACUGUUGGUCUCUCUUCCUCCAUAAAUCCUGUUGGUUUGUGCUUCUGUAUAUAUCAGGGAUAUAUUUUGAUAAAUGUAUGCUUUAUUUUACAUUUGGAUAUCCGUUUACUCCACAACGUUGGACAUGUCUUCAUUAGAGUCUGUAUUAAAGGAUAACCCACAUAUUUUGUAUCACACAUCCUGUAUUACAAUGAGAAAGCAGCACA